AGACCACGGUGAGAAGACGGAAGCUGACGGCAUUAAGGCAACUCCCGCAUUCACAUGAAAAUUUCGUAAAGUACUAGCUUAUCGGACAUCCGAACUGCCUGCCGAGGGAGCGCCGGACCGUUGUACAGUAUGAACAAACGAUCACUUGACCUUGGCGCCAUCAACCAGAUUAAGAGGGCUCAUCUAUGUUCUCCACUUGCCAACACCGGACGCGGCAGAAUGGUGGAUGUCAUCCCGAGGAUGGGAGUGCAACCGAGAACGCGCCAGGCCGGGUCGGGUCUACGAGGUCCUCGGAGUAACUUGGCGGACCAACUUCCGGUGGACAUUUGAAUAGGAAUCGGCGCUCGGAAGGCGUCGCCCCUCCAGCUUCGCACGGCGGGUGGAGGGCGGCAAGUCAGAUAUACACACCGUCGAAUACUAGGAUACCGCCCGACUUGCCUUGGACAGGUAUCGGUCAAGCCAAUUAAGCGACUACUUGUUCAGUAUGCCUGUCGAGUACAAGUUCCUGACU